AUGCCGGGUUUGGGUAUUCGAAAUCGCGAUUUGGGGAUAAGCAUCUUGGACGAAUGGAAUCUAAAGAAGCCGAGUGCAGAGCCUCCAACCUGGACGUUGAAGAUAGUUGGAAGGAUAUUGGAAGAUGGUGUAGACCCUGAUCAGCCAGGAGUGGUUCAGAAGUCCACUCCUCUGUAUCCGAAGUUUUCAACUUUCUUCAAAAGAGUAACCAUUUCUUUAGAUAAGAGACUAUAUCCAAAUAAUCACAUUAUUAUGUGGGAGAAUGCUCGAUCACCUGCUCCACAUGAAGGUUUUGAAGUAAAGAGGAAAGGGGAUAAAAAGUUUACCGUGAAUAUACGUCUGGAAAUGCAUUAUGUGCCUGAGAACUUUAAGCUUUCACCAGCUUUGACAGAGGUUCUUGGUAUUGAGGUUGAUACCCGUCCAAGGAUUGUUGCUGGGAUCUGGCACUAUGUAAAGGCCAGGAAGUUGCAAAACCCUAAUGACCCUUCUUUCUUUCACUGUGAUCAGCCUCUUCAGAAAGUAUUUGGAGAAGAAAAGAUGAAGUUUACAAUGGUUUCGCAGAAAAUAUCUUCACAUUUAUUCCCUCCACAACCUAUACUUUUGGAACACAAGAUCAAGCUAUCGGGAAACAGUCCAGUUGGGACUGCUUGUUAUGAUGUGAUGGUUGAUGUUCCUUUCCCAAUUCAGAGGGAGUUGUCUGCUUUAUUGGCUAAUGUGGAAAAGAACAAAGAGAUUAAGACAUGUGAUGAAGCAAUAUGUGGAAUCAUUACAAAAAUUCAUGAGCACAGAAGGAGACGGUCAUUCUUUCUUGGUUUCAGUCAAUCGCCAGUAGAAUUUAUUAAUGCAUUGAUUGAACCGCAAAGCAGGGAUCUGAAACUUGUUUUCGGAGAACCUAGUCGCAAUGCAGAGAAAGAGUGUCGAUCAGAUUUCUUCAACCAACCAUGGUAA